AUGAAAGAAGGUCCUAGUCAAAGGCAAAGGACGUCAACCCCAGCCCUAACCGGGAGCAGAGAGAACCUCGAGAGAGGGAACCUGGAGAGAGGGAACCUCGAGAGAAAGAACCUCGAGAGCAGGAGAAACGGGGAAAGGAGCCUCAGGGACAAGAAGAGCCUCGGCAAGAGAAAGAGCCUCGGCGCCGAUGGGGCCAUAGGCAGCGGUCGUCGAGCUCCGAGUCCAGUCAUGAAUCAGGUAUCGAAGGGGAAUCUUGGAUUCACCACGCCAUUCAACGAGAAUAUUAUGAGAGCAUUUACCCCUCGAAAGGUUAAGGUCCCCCCGAUCGACCAUUAUGACGGGACAACUGAUCCCAUCGACCACCUAGCCGCCUUCAAAGCACAAAUGAGCGUCCAGACCAGCAGUGAGGCCGCAUGGUGCAAAUUCUUCCCCACCACCCUGAAAGGCCUAGCUCUAACCUGGUUCACCGAGUUGCCUUACGGGAGUAUAUCGAGCUUCACCGCCCUCGAAACAGCAUUCAAACAGAACUUCAUCGCAGGAAGGAGGCAUCGGAAAACCAGUAUUCAUCUCAUGUCAAUCAGACAACGGAGGGAGGAAGACUUGGCAGAUUACAUCAAGAGGUUCAACGCAGAGUCUCUCAAGGUGUCUGACCUACAGGAUAGCGUGGCGUUUACCUCUCUCAUGUCUGGGCUAUACCCUUCGAGUAGGUUCAAACUGAAGCUGGCCGAGAGUGAAGCCUCUUCAUUCUCAGAAGCCAUGAACCUGGCCCAAAAAUUUAUACAAGCCUCCGAUAUCUGCAAAACCCAUGAGGAGCCCAGCUCCGGGAAAAGAAAAUAA